GCACAAAUGUGUCAGGCGUUUUGUGUGGACGGUGGCUGAGCUGCGUGACGGAGGUGUUACUCAGUAUAUACGGUUUAAACUCGCCGUCGGUUAAAUAAUAUCAGCUUCAUUGCUUUCAACAUUGGAUACAGAUGGCGUCUUAAAGUGCCCGAGACAGAUGCAUGUUGAGACUUCAGUGCUAAAUGGUUGAGCUCCUACUCAUGCCCACAUGGAACAUUCGACUCUUGCUGAACAUAUGAAGACCCUGCUGGAUCAUCAUUAUAGUCAACAGCUCUAUUGAUGUGUGACCAAAGUGUGGAGAUGCCCAGCAGUGACGGAGGCAUCGGUGGGGAGGAUGCGGCAUUGGCUUCGGUCUCGGGAGGAGGGAAGGCUGGGGCAAUGGUGGAGCAUCUGAGGACAGAGGAGAGUGGGGAAGUGGGACAGGAAGAUGAAGAAAUGACCAGCGGGUCAAAUGACCUCUCCUCAUCAUCCAAUCACAGCCCUGGCAGUGCAAGUGGCUCCACCUCGACUAAGAGCAGUGUGAAUGCGAAUGGGGGCAAAGGGCAAGAACACAAAGAGGUGAUGAACACUGUCGCUGAAAUGAAGAAGAGGCUUCCAUCAGACAAACGCGCCCGAAGCAAAGCCAGCACGGUAGAGGCGUUGCAUUACGCCCUCAACUGUGUCAAGCAAGUGCAAGCCAAUAGCGAGUACUACAAGCUGCUGAUGCGAAAUGGCCAAGACGAGCGGCGAGAUGCCACGGUGUGCACCCUCAGCGAGCUGGAAGGGGUCACAUCCGAACAUGCUCUCAAAAACACGGACUCCUUUGCGGUGGUCUUCUCCCUCUCCACCGGUCGUGUGCUGUACGCCUCAGAGCCAGCGCCCAGCAUCCUGUGCUGCAAGAGGAAGUUCCUGGAGUCGGCCAAGUUUGUCGAGCUGCUGUUCCAUCAAGACGUGAAUGUCUUUUACUCGCACACGGCCCAGCCCCACCUGCCACCCUGGAGCAACUCUCAUAAAGCUGGAGUCCUCUUUGACUGUGCCCAGGUGAAGUCCUUCUUCUGCAGAAUAAGGGGUGGAAAGGACAGGGAAGGCGAGAUGCGAUACAACCCGUUUCGAAUCACGCCGUACCUGCUGAAGGUUCAGGGAAGAGGAAGUACGGGUGAGGAGGAAGAGCCAUGCUGUUUGGCACUUGCCGAACGCAUCAUUUCCGGAUAUGAAGCUCCCCGUAUCCCGAUGGACAAGCGCAUCUUCACCACGACUCACUCGCCUGGCUGUGUGUUCCUGGAGGUGGACGACAGAGCUGUGCCGUUGCUGGGAUACCUUCCUCAGGAUCUCAUCGGCACAUCGCUGCUCACUUCCAUCCAUCCGGAUGACCGACCGCUCAUGCUGUCCAUGCACCGUAAAGUGUUGAAGUAUGCUGGCCAGGCUCCGUUCGAACACUCUCCUGUGCGUUUGCGUUGUCAAAAUGGAGACUACAUCACCCUGGACACCAGCUGGUCGAGCUUCAUCAACCCAUGGAGUCGCAAAGUGGCAUUCAUUAUCGGGCGCCAUAAAGUCCGGACGAGUCCUUUGAAUGAAGACGUGUUUGCUGCCCACACCAAGGCGGAUUUCAAUGUCACCUUUGAAGUAAUCAGAGAUUUGCAAGCAAAGAUCUACAAGCUCUUCCUGCAGCCUGUGCACAACAAUGGUUCCAGUGGUUACGGGAGUUUGGGAAGCAAUGGCUCCCACGAGCACUACAUCAGUGUGGCUUCUUCCAGUGACAGCAAUGGGAACCUGUGGGAGGAUUCACACCGUGAACCACAAAUGUCAGCUAAUGGGAACAGAGUCCGGAGUUGGAGCCACUUUGACCCCCGUCACAGGUUGGCACUUCUUGGAAAACCUUCGACAGCUGUUCUCCCGCCGGUUGUCUCAAACUCUGACCGCCAAGAUCAUGAAGACAACCGCAAACAAACACACAUUCCCUCCUACCAGCAGAUCAACUGUGUGGACAACAUCAUCAAAUACUUGGAGAGUUGCGCAGGUCCAGCUCUGAAACGAAAGAGUGAGUCUCAGUCCCUGGCGACGUCUUCCUCCUCAUCCACUACCUCAGAAGAUGACAAACCUGCUGGAGCAGCUGACGUGGCUCAGACCACUUCAGAUGGUGAUCACAGACACUUCCUCUGAACAGGUGGUGAGCCAGCCCCAGGUUUUCUCACUCUCUUGUCACGUGCAGUGGUGGUGUUGGAGAGCGAGGCGUCGGUCACCCCGAGUGCCGCAGCUGUAGUUGGGGCGCCCCUGACAGACAUCACCUUAUCCAACAAGGCCAUGAGCGUUGUGUCCGUGACUAGUCAGUGUUCGUACAGCAGCACCAUCGUUCACGUGCCUCAGCCGGAAUCAGAGGCCACUGCCCUGGAGGACGCCCCGAUGGGCAGUGAACCUGUAGACUCUGCUCCCCCUCUGGUCCGGCCCACCCCGAGUCCUGCCACUGAAGAGCGGAGGUUUGUCGGUCUCACCAAGGAGGUUCUGUCGGCUCACACGCAGAAAGAAGAGCAGGACUACGUGGAUCGAUUCCGCCAUCGGAUCCUGCAGAGCCCCUACAGUUCCUAUCUGCAGCUGGACAACAGCUCCAUGGCUCAUUCUCAUCACCCAGGAGACUACUGCUCACGGAGGGUUCGGUCCAGGCCUAGGCCACGCCCCAGGCCCUCAAGACUCCAGGGCUCAUCAGACAGCUAUGCCUCUCCGUCAGGUCUCCCUCACGGUGUCCCCAAUUCCUCGUGGCCCUCCUCUGAGUCCUCCCAGCCCCAGAUGCACUACAAUCAGGUACCACCCCUGCAGGCCCCCUUCUUCCCCAUGAUGGCAAGUCAGCUUGGACUGGAGCAAUCGCAGAGGUCACAGCAAGUGCCUGGUGCACCGCCGCCCGUGACCAUGCAGCCUCCGGACCAAACCCAGCUGACCUACAACUUCACCGUCAUGCAGCCCAACCAGAACAUGCAGCAAAUCCAGAUGGAACCCAUCCAGAAUGUUAUGAAUUUUCAGAACUUUCAACCCAUCACGCCGGCCCAAAACCUCAACCCUUACAUGACACCAGUCAUGGCUGUCAUCCUGCCCAACUAUCCCAGCUUCCCUCCGGGGUAUCCUUCUCUGUACCCCACUGCUGCGCCUCCCAUGAUGCCCCAACCACCCAUCUCUGUAGGCAGCUUCACGAACGGCAUUGCCCCAAUGCCUCAAGUCCAGUUUCAAGGCCUGCAGGUCCCCCACACUCAGGCCUCCCCGGGGUCACUGCUGGUUUCACCUCGACCCAGCUCAUCGGUGGGGGCGGAGGAGGAGGAGGCAGCUGGUCCUCGCGCUUUGUUUUCUAGCUCGCGCUCCAGUUCUCCGCUCCAACUCAACCUGCUCCAGGAAGAGCUGCCCAAACCCAGUGAAGGACAGAGCAGCACCGGGCACAACCAUGCAGAAAGCCUGCACGAACAACAUGCCAACGAGCGUGAUGCACCGAGCGACUCUGGCAACCAUGACAACCAGUCCACGUCCAGUGAGCUGCUGGACAUGCUGCUGCAGGAGGACGCCCGCUCUGGGACUGGCUCCAAUGCUUCUGGCUCUGGGUCAGGCGAGUCUGGAGGAUCUCUUGGCUCAGGAUCAGGAUCUGGCUCCAAUGGAACAUCUACCUCGCACACUGGGAGCAGCAACAGCAGCAAGUACUUCGCCAGCAAUGACUCUUCAGACACGUCACGCAAGGCUCGUAAAGAAGCCCCGGCAGAGCACCAGCACAGCUUCGACAACCAAGUGGAGAACUCGUUGUGGAACAUGAUCCAGCACACCUCCGAGCAUGUCAUGAUGACGUACCAGAUCCACACCAGGGACCAGGCCGAGGUGCUGGCAGACGACCGGGAGAAGCUUCGGGUGCUUCAGCCCCUGCAGCCUUGGUUCACACCGGAGCAGAAAGAGGAGCUUGCUGACGUCCAUCCCUGGAUCAAGAAGCAUACCAUCCCUGAAGAGAUAAACACCCAGGGUUGUGUGAGCUGCCUCACUGGUGUCGGCAUGGCCCAGGCCAGCCCGGACCCGGACAGCUCUUCCCUUCAGGACCCACUGCUGCAGGACUCACUGGGACCUUUGGUGGACACAUGAGGGACUGUCCGUCGGCAGCUCAGUUCGCAGUGUUCAAGCCCUUCAGAAACCCUCAUGACCCCGAAACACGUGUCUGUUUGGACGAAUGCUGAGGCGUGGACCUGCAGGCUUCGGCUCAGUGUGGAGACCAAUCAGAGGGGAACAGGGGGACUAUGAAGAACGUCACAGCCUUUUAAAUCAACCAGCAUUUUCCGAGAAUCACCUGGACUUUAUCACCACGACCACUCGCCUCAACAUUUGCGAGGGUCUGCCGAUCACUGCCCCGGACCUUGAGCAGCACGUGCAAACACCUGGUGUGUGGAGCGGGUGGAUGGACAGAGCUGGUCCCAGGCGCGGGUCAGAACACACAUCUGACUGCUCACUGCUGGAGGCCCCACCAGCAAGGUUGUGUACCACAUUAACACCUUCAGUGAUGAGGGCAACUGUUGCUAAUGUUUAGUGAUGCUCUUGUAAAUUUAUCCUGACUUGAGUGUAACCUGAUUCCAUAGUCUAUCUCCUGUUAUUGUGCGGUGACUCACUACGGCGGAUGGCUCACGCCCAAUGUUGCCACCUGAACAUCCCGUCCUGAGCUUUCUCCACACCGUGUCCAGCCCAGUACCUCUGACUGCCGCGCUCACGCCGGCGGAUGCGAAUCUGUGUUUGUUGUGCAAAUGAGACAAACUGCUUUAUGGUUCUGUGAAUGUUGCUCUCUUCUUCUGCAUUUGUUCAUGUAUCCAUGGAACGCUGCUUCUUUCAACAGUUGCUCAGCAGAGCAGAGAGUUUUCUACCAUUUUUAGAUGAACGUAUGAGACUGUCAUGUGUUUUAUAGAUAAUGUACACUAAUCAGGUGUAUGAAAGCCAUUUGUCAUGAAUUCAGGGAUUGUUUGUCACAGAGGAAUGAAUAAAUCAGUAUGAACUAUUA